AUGCAGGGAGCGCCGGUGGACAGCCCGGGGGCGGCGGAGGCAGCGGCGCGGCCGAGCCGGUACGAGUCGCAGAAGCGCCGGGACUGGCACACUUUCGGGCAGUACCUUCGCAACCACCGCCCGCCGCUGGAGCUCUCGCGGUGCAGCGGCGCCCACGUCCUCGAGUUCCUCCGCUACCUCGACCAGUUCGGCAAGACCAAGGUCCACGCUCCAGGCUGCCCCUUCUUCGGCCACCCUUCCCCGCCGGCGCCCUGCCCGUGCCCGCUCCGCCAGGCCUGGGGCAGCCUGGACGCGCUCGUCGGCCGCCUGCGCGCCGCCUUCGAGGAGCACGGCGGGCGGCCCGAGGCCAACCCGUUCGGCGCGCGCGCCGUCCGCCUCUACCUCCGCGAGGUGCGCGACUCCCAGGCCAAGGCACGCGGCAUCGCCUACGAGAAGAAGCGCCGGAAGCGCCCGCCGCCGUCGUCGUCCCAGAAGGCGGCCAAGGCCGCGCCGUCCCCACCCCCACCCGCCUCCUCCCAUGUAGCAGCGCCGCCCCCAGAGAGCGCGCCGGAGGUCCUCGUCGCGCGGGCCGUACCCGCGCAGGGGCACUACUUCAUCCCGCACCCGCAGCACUACAUGCACGCGCAUUUCCUGAUGCCAGGCGGCCACGACGCAGACGCCGCCGUCCCGAACAGCUCCAGCGGCAACAGCAACGGCCACAGCAAUGGCCACAGCGGCGGCACGGGCGACGAGAUGGCCAUAGCGAUGGCGGCAGCGGCGGAGGCGCACGCGGCGGGGUGCAUGCUGCCGCUCUCCGUGUUCAACUAG